CGCUCAGUUGUAAUGUUUUCGCGUACAUCUAUUCUUAGCCACCUUUUUCCUAAACGUCUCGACGCCACCGUGCCAGCUUCUAGACAGCACCCAGAACGCGGACGACGCGACGGAGAGCGCGAAGAAGAGCCGGCUGAGUCACACACCAAAAACCGAGGACCGUUGCCACUUUACACAGUUCGAGUUUUGAUUCUCAACCGCGAUGAUCGAGCGAGUGGUGUUUUUGCGUUAUUAAUUUUGUCCGAUCAAUUAUUUUCCCUAAAUGGCCAAUGUGACGGUCGAAAACGUGGAUCCGGUCGAAUCGGAUGGAGCUGAUGGAAUCCAGGGGAAUUCGAGCCUCAUCGAUGGGCUUGAGGAAUCGGAAUCGAUGGCACUCAACGAUAGCAGCCUGUCAGUGGAAUAUUUUCCAGAGGCGGGACAUACUUUGUGGUACAUAAUUGGUGGAGUGACCUGUAUCGGACUCUUAUGGGCUUUACUGGUAAUGUACCUGGUGAUUCCGAAUUUGAAGACUGUCCGUCGACUGCCGGUGUGUUCCUACAUUUUUGGCCAGAUCUUGAUCUACUUAUGUUUCCUGUUGACCAGCUCGAACAGUACGCUCAUUCCGUGCGAAGUGACGGGACUGGUUUAUCCCUACGCCGUAUUUGCCUGCAUUUUUUGGAUGAACGUCAUGUGCUACGGCUGUUAUUCUGAUUUCAAGAGCAAAAAGAUCUACCCAACGCAUUCACUGUUUUGGCAAAGUAUGUUUGGAUGGGGAGCGCCGACAGUGCUGCUGCUAUUCUACAUCUUUACCAAUGGAUUUGUGCUGCUGGAUGUCACCACAAAACCGCCAUUCUCUGCUUGGAUGUGUCAUGAACAUAUGUUUGAGCUGACACCGAUUCUAAAGUUCUUCUACCUACCGACGGCGGCGCUGAUGGUGCUGAAUACGAUCUUCCUCGGCUUGGCAACGAUUUCCCGGGCCAAUCAACGCUACCCUUAUCACAUAGAGGACGUCGAUUCGCACAUCAACUAUCGACGCGACAGGCAGGAACGCUUCCAGCUCGUACUCAGCCUCUUUGUGGCUCUUUUCGUAGUUUAUGGAAGUGACCUGGCGGCCUGGGUCGGAGGAACGCGUUUCCUAUGGCUGCACUACUUUGCCGGUUUCUUCGCCUAUCUGCACGGAUGCAUCGUGUUUGUUGUUUGUGUACUGAAUCGCGAUAUUCGCGAAUGGAUUGUGAGUAAGUGCGAGAAGCGGUGUAAUUGAC